UCAGCCGCAAAUCGCCAAAUCUAGUUCUCUUCCUCCCCUCCUCUUCCUCCCACCGCCAGGUCCCGAAUCCCCUUCCUCCCCCACCACCGGCCACGGAUUCACCUCCUCCACCUCCACCGCAACUUCCCUCCCUCUUCCACCUCCACCGCAGAGCACAAAUCCCCUUCCGCCCCUUCCCCAUCCUCUCCCACUACUGGCCAGGACCCUCUCCCCUACCUACCAUCUGCCUACCCAAACCCUAGAAUAUUGGGCCGCCGCCACCAGACCGCGGCACUGCCGAGCACGACUCCUGUUGCUCCUCCGCCUCCACCCCCGGUCACUACCCCACCCCAACUACCGGUCAAUAUCCCCUCCCCCUCCGCUCCACCAAACCGUAACAAGUCGUCGCCGGCACCACACAACGCUGCUUCAAGGACCUCUCUAGCACCACACGGAUGGGGAAGAAGACUGCAGCAAAGAGACCCCGAGGACGCACCAGUGAACCACCGGUGAAUCCUUUGGAAGAGUUGCGCAUCAAAACAUGCAUAAGGAACAAUUCAAUGUUACAAGCACUCGGAAUUCCUGCACUAUCAACAUUGUUUGCAGCUAAUACUGUCAUUUCACCUGAAAAAACACUCAAGCAUAGUAGAGAUGAUUCUGAAGCUGAGUACCAUCCUAAUGAGGACAAUACGAGUGAAGGAGAGUCAUCUGAUGAUAGUUUAGUAGAUGAAAUAGAAGGUCUGCAGUCCACACCUGCUGCUAGCUCAAACUCUAAGGGCUAUAAGAAGACUAGUCAGAAAACUAGUAAGAAAAGAUCUCCUGCCAUGCCUCCUGGUGGAGUCAAGCCUCGACCUCGUAAGGGAGUUCAUGCGGACCUCCCAACUAAUUCACGAGUCACAAGGUCGAAGAAAGCUAUAUUACAAGAUGUUGAAGGCACGUUCCUUACUGUUAUUAUCAUAACAUGUCCAUGUUUUUCACUACUGAAUUUCUAGCCUAGUCUAUUAGCUCUGAUUGCAUGAUGAGCAUACUCUCAUCGGGUGACUUUUUCUAAAAAGGUGAUGACCCUGCUCAUUGUGAUGAUGAAAAAUGGAUUUCCAAUGGAGCUGAUCUCAUUGCCCAUCAUGAUGAGAACAAUGAGAUGGCCAACGAAGCUGGUGGAAGUGCCCAACCAAACAACAACUCCGAAGGUCCAAAAUCUUAUGAGGAGCCAAGGGAAAGGGGCCCCAAUUUGGUAAAAGGCCUAGAAAGGAUCACUCGACGUCGGCAGGGUAAACUGCCGCUUGUCAUUCCAGAAGGAAAAUUAAGGCCGGAGUCACCUCUUCUUGCUGCAAAGUUUGCAACUGAAUGCAAUGUCAUAGUGGGACACCAUUUGCCUGUGUUUAAGCGAUGGAAGGAUUACAAGGAUGUACAUGGAAAUGUGCGAGAUGGGAUCUUCAGGAACUUUAUAGGCAAAGUUGGUAUGGAUGUAGCUGAUGUGUCAGUUAGGAAGGCUUGUACAGAAAUGUUGAAAAUCGCGACUCGCCAACAACGACACAGGCUCAAAAAAGAAUUUUUUGAUCCUCACCCACUCCAUCUGGUGACAAGAACUUCUCCUGUCCCCUCAAUGACUGAUGAGCAGUGGAAUGAGGUGGUGGAAAGCUGGAAGGAUCCCAAAAAGAUGGGGCUAUCUGAAAUUAACAAAAAUAAUCGAGCUCAAGUUAAGUUUCACCACACUACUGGGGCACACAGCUACGGAGUGCACAAUAAUAAUCUUGGAGACAAAUACAAAGAUAAAGAACCUGAUGCCUUGGAUUUGUUCAAGGAGUUCCACUAUAGCAAGAAAAAGAAAUGCUACAGUGAUCUUGUGCAAGCUGCAAUUACUGAGAUGGAAAACAAGACCUCUCAACCUACAGAAGAUGAUCCUCAAUCUAAGUCUGCAACCGAGGUUGUAGCUGAAGUGCUUGCUAAGCACACUAAGAAGCCAAGGUUUCUUCAACAUGUGGGGAUCCACCACGUCCAUGCGAGAUCUAGUUCUAGCAAUAGGGAAGCGGAAUUGGCUGCGGAGAAUAGGAAUCUUGAACUUCAGGAACGUGUGGACACCUUGACCAAGUUGCUGAAGGAAUCCGAAGAAGCAAGGAUUAGGCAAGCCGAGGACAACAUGAAGAGAGAUGAGGAGAACAGGAAGAAGCAAGCUGAGAUGGACAAAAAACUUGACUUUUUGCUAAGUCACAUGCAACCAAGAUCAGCUCAAGAGUAAGUUGCUUAGUCCAAACAAAAAAAUGGUGGAAGCAAUGUGAAUGUGAUAUAUUGCUGGAACCUACCUUCAAACUUUAUUUUGUGAGGCUUUUGUUAUGCAAACUGCACACUAGCGGAUGCAAACUUGCUGCAUUCUGCUGCUCCAGGGUUAGUGGAUGUGGAGAUGCACACUUAAUGUUA